AUGUCACCACCGAAACAGACCAUCCUCUUCCUCACAAGCCCAGAGCAUGGACAAUCCAACGUAGCACUCGCAGUAGCCGAAGAAUUCCUGCACCGCGGCGAGUUCGAAGUGCACAUCGCCUCCUUCGAGGAAUUAUCAGCACGCGUGCAAGCGAUAAACAACAAAGCGGAGUACGACCAAGUCAUCCACUUCCAUCCAAUCGCAGGCCCGUCCCUGUCCGAGAUCGUGACCCGUACAACACCAAAUAUAUGUCAUCGGCCAGGGCUCGCUGGCACGCGUGAUGCGUGUAACAUCAUCAACAUCUCUGUGGUAGGCUGGAAGCCUGACGAGUAUAUACGGUCCUAUCGAAGCAGUCUGGAGAUUCUGAAAGAUGUCCGUCCGGUCGUCGUGGUUGCGGAUCCACUGUUGCAUCUGGGACUAGACGCCGCUCGCAGUAUCGACACGCGAAUCGUGAUGCUUUGGCCUGUGCCUUUGAAAGAUAUAGUGGUAACUAUCCAGCCGAAAGCUGGCCUUUUAUGGAAAUAUCCCCUCACCGGGUCGGGGUAUCCAUACCCCCUUCCAUGGAGAUUGAUCCUUGCAAAUAUAUACAUAGUAUUUUGCUUCGGGCUUAUGGUUCGCUUGGGCGAGCCCCUACGCGAUCUUCUGGACAUUCGAAAGAAAGCAGGGAUCCAGACUGUCUUUCCUCACGUGGCACCUUACUGCGAAAACCAUCUGCAUCUCUCGCCUUCGUUCCGAGAAAUGGAUUUUCCGUUAUAUGUCCCGGAUAAUGUCAUCAGCUGCGGUCCGAUCCUCCGGCCAUGUCCGUCGCUUGCAGAUAGCGAUCCUGCACUGAAUUCAUGGUUGAAGGAGCCGACAAUUCUGAUAUGUCUAGGGUCACAUGUUCAAGCGCCAGAAAAUGAUGCAAUGCAGAUGUCGAUGGCUAUGCAGGCGGUGUUGCGCGAAUUUCCUAAUAUGCAGGUCUUGUGGAAGCUCAAAUAUGACUGGGAAAGCUCCCCGACGGUCAAGAAUAUUCUCGGACCUCUUGUCAGUUCUGAUAAAGUGAGGACUUUUCCAUGGAUCCAGCCGGAGAUUAUAUCUCUCUUGAAAGGCGGCAAUAUACUUGCAUAUGUCCACCAUGGAGGAGCGAACUCAUUUUUCGAGGCGUGCAAGGCUGGUGUUCCGCAGGUCAUUCUGCCCCAGUGGUUCGACACAUACGAUUGCCCGGCCCGAGUAGAGUGGCUAGGCAUUGGCUUACACGGAAGCCGCAAUGUGGCACCGGGUAUAGACGGAUCGAAGCUGUCUUCGGCCCUGCUGCGAGUGUUGAAAGAUAAAGGAAUGAAGAGGCGGGCUAGAGCCAUUGGAGAUUUGUGCAAGACGACCGAAGGACGCGUAGUUGCCCAUGACCAGAUCGUACAGUACGUACAGAAAGAGUUGUGA